GCUGAGGGGAGGCCCUGAGCCUUUCUGGGGCCUGGGGGAUCCUCUUGCAUUGGUGGGUGGAGAGAAGUGCCUGUAGCCAACCAGGGUCAGGCUGUGCUCACAGUUUCCUCCAGCGGCAUGUAAAGGCUCCACAAAGGAGUUGGGAGUUCAAAUGAGGCUGCAGCAGACAGCCUGAGCCUGAGGACGACCGAGCCCUGUGCUGUGCCUCCGGGGCUGGACCUGCAGAGCAUGGCCCUGAGGCGGCCGCCGGCUCCCGCCACAAGCUAAGGCAGUUUGUGGGCAGCCCCGCAGGAUCCCUGGCCGCCCCGCCCGGCCGGCUGAGCCGCUGUGCUGGGCUGUGCGGGCGGAGCAGAGCCAACAGAGGCGGUGAGGCAGGGCUGCUCGGUGGCCAGGCGUCUGCGGCGUGAGGACCCUCCUGGAAGCCAUGGCCAGGCUGCCUCGCUGACGGCCGGCCGAGGGGAAGCAUGUGAGGAGCUGCCCCAGGACCACGCAGGAGGGAAGAGGUUUUCAUAGGCUCCGUUCGCAAAGAAAAGCCACCAUUCUGCAAAGGACCAUGAGGGCGCUGUGCGCGACGUGCUGGUGGCUGGGACUGCUGGCCGCCCUGGGAGCGGCUGCCGGCCAGAAGGAGGGUUUGGAGGGCACCGAGGAGGGCUCGCCAGGCGAGUUCAUUUACCUGAACAGGUACAAGCGGGCCGGUGAGUCGCCGGACAAGUGCACCUACACCUUCAUUGUGCCCCAGCAGCGGGUCACGGGCGCCAUCUGCGUCAACUCCAAGGAGCCCGAGGUGCUCCUGGAGAACCGCGUGCACAAGCAGGAGCUGGAGCUGCUCAACAACGAGCUGCUCAAGCAGAAGCGGCAGAUCGAGGCGCUGCAGCAGCUGGUGGAGGUGGACGGCGGCAUCGUGAGCGAGGUGAAGCUGCUGCGCAAGGAGAGCCGCAACAUGAACUCGCGCGUCACGCAGCUCUACAUGCAGCUCCUGCACGAGAUCAUCCGCAAGCGGGACAACGCGCUGGAGCUCUCGCAGCUGGAGAACCGGAUCCUGAACCAGACGGCUGACAUGCUGCAGCUGGCCAGCAAGUACAAGGACCUGGAGCACAAGUACCAGCACCUGGCCACGCUGGCCCACAACCAGUCCGAGAUCAUCGCGCAGCUCGAGGAGCACUGCCAGCGGGUGCCCAGGGCCAGACCCGUGCCCCAGCCGCCCCCUGCCACCCCGCCCCAGGUCUACCCGUCCCCCUAUAACCGCAUCAUCAACCAGUUCUCCACCAACGAGAUCCAGAGCGAUCAGAACCUGAAGGUGCUGCCGCCGCCCCUGCCCACCAUGCCCACCCUCACCAACCUCCCGUCCUCCACAGACAAGCCGUCGGGUCCGUGGAGAGACUGCCUGCAGGCCCUGGAGGAUGGCCACGACACCAGCUCCAUCUACCUGGUGAAGCCAGAGAACACCAACCGCCUCAUGCAGGUGUGGUGUGACCAGCGGCACGACCCCGGGGGCUGGACCGUCAUCCAGAGGCGCCUGGACGGCUCUGUCAACUUCUUCAGGAACUGGGAGACAUACAAGCAAGGGUUUGGGAACAUCGAUGGUGAGUACUGGCUGGGCCUGGAGAACAUUUACUGGCUGACGAACCAAGGCAACUACAAACUGCUGGUGACCAUGGAGGACUGGUCUGGCCGCAAGGUCUUUGCAGAGUAUGCCAGUUUCCGCCUGGAGCCUGAGAGCGAGUAUUAUAAGCUGCGGCUGGGACGCUACCAUGGCAACGCUGGCGACUCCUUCACCUGGCACAACGGCAAGCAGUUCACCACCCUGGACAGAGAUCACGAUGUCUACACAGGAAACUGUGCCCACUACCAGAAGGGAGGCUGGUGGUAUAAUGCCUGCGCCCACUCCAACCUCAACGGGGUUUGGUACCGCGGGGGCCAUUACCGGAGCCGCUACCAGGAUGGGGUCUACUGGGCUGAGUUCCGAGGAGGCUCCUACUCACUCAAGAAAGUGGUGAUGAUGAUCCGGCCCAAUCCCAACACCUUCCACUAAGCCAGCUCCCUCCAACCUCGUGGCCUGGUCUUUGCCGGGAGCCUGCCCGCCCCCACGCAGGCCCAGGACACAAAGCAACUCCUCGCCAGUUCACCGGAGCCAGGAGGACUGGGACCUGGAGGACUGGGACCUGGAUUCUGUCCCAGUCACUGCAGCAGAUCACGGACCUGAACAGUACAGUAUUCUCUGUCCCUACACUCCUUCACACCAGACAACCCUCGCGUUUCCCAACAGGACGGGACUGCAGACCAGUCUUUCUUUAAAUAAAUUAAGGUCUACAAUAAAAGCACAACUGCAAAAUACCUUCAUGAUAUACACGUGUAUGAGCCGAUCUUGCCCACCUAAGUGUAUGCCACAUACAUAUGCAUUUAGAUAUAUGGCACAUGUAAUAUAUCUAGAUACAUACAGAGGUUUGCCUUACAUACCUAAAUACACAGUCAACCCUCGCGUGCUGACGCUCUUACCAGCAUCAUUACUCCUGGAGAAAGCCUUUCCUGAGUCGCGGUGCUUGUGUCUAAGAGCAGACCAGACCGUGCCGCUCCCAUUCAAAUAUCAGUCCUUGGCGUCCACGAGCUGAAUCCUUCCAGAAAUGUCCACAGCGCGAUCCUCUCUCAGAGGGGUUUCCAACUUAAGAACCCCUUUGGGCACCUAAUCAAUUUUGAAAUCCCCCUCCAUCUCUGUUUCUAUACGCCCCCUAUUCUCAGGACUUUCGCCAUCUGUCCAUCCACCCCUCCACUUACUCAUUCGCUCAACAGCAUUCAGUAAACCCUUGUGUGGGUCACUCCUUGGCCACUCACUCUACUUCCAGGCACCUUUCUGCUCUGCUCUUCUCCUUGCCUUUCUGUCGCACCCUCCUCUCCUUCUAGGAAAGAUUCCUCAGCCUCUGAGGAGGAGACAGCUGGGGCUCCAGGUUUCUGGCCAGGAAAGGGAAGGCCAGGCCCAAAGCUAACUACCAGUCACAAAGAUAAUGUACUCACAGUUUUGUAUUUCCCAGUCACACUUUAGCCUACAUGUCAUCUUAACCUUCACAGAAAUAAUAGCCUACCAUGCCCAGGAGGUACUCAAGGAAAGAAAAGUCAUCAUCUGACCACUGGGACCCCAAAUGGCUGCAGACCAAAAGGCCCAUGCUCUCAGGCCAACUAGAGUCCGUGUCUCAUCCCCAAACUACACUUCCCGGAGAAUGCAGGUGCCACAAAGAUGAGAACUGGCCAUUUCUUGUGAGUUAUUGAAUAACCAGGGGCCACCGGCCCCCUUGUUCAUUGCAUUACAGCGAGGUGGCUCUCCAAGUCCUGUUGGCCAUAGAGGGUCACACUCAGUCCUACGGAACUAUUGCCAAGCGGGAGCAGGAGAGGAGUCAAGGUGAGACCCUCCCAGUGGGUGAGUGGGUGGGGGCGUGCAAGCCGUUGGAACAUUGGUACUGUCCAUGUCUGGGUGUGUGCCUAUUACCUCAGCAUUCUCGCAAAGUGUACCAUGUAGCAUGUUUGUGUAUAUAACAGGGAGGGUUUUUAAAAAAUAUAUUCCCAGAUUAUCCUUGUAAUGGCACAAAUCUGCAAUAAAGCCAUCAGUGCUAUUUGGAUGUA